AAAACGCAUGUGGAAGAGAGUAAUUAUGCAGAGAAGAUUGGUGUUAAGAAGUGGAUGGAGGAGAAUGACAUUCCUGGAAUGGUGGACCGAUACACUACCACAUUAUAUGAAACAGUGUCCACACAGAUUGAUAGUUUGGCAGUGCAGUAUAAUCUGACAGAACUUGUGACUGGAAUUAAGCAUUUCAUGACAACUCCAACUGUGGAUUCCUCAGAGCAAUCAACAGCUUUGAUUACUCCCUCUCCAUAUGCAGAGAAGCUUUUGAGUUUGAGGAAGAUGGUGAAGGACCGUAAAUGGGGACAGAUAUAUACAGAACUGGAUGUUAUCUUUAGAGAAUUCUUAAUCACCAGGGAGGAUUUAGUUGACAAGGCUAAAGGGUUUGCAGUUAGAUGGAUGGAUGUUUCACAACAGGUGCUUACUAGUGGUGCUUCUGUUUUAGGAGGAGGUGCAAAGCUCAUGUUCUCCAUUGGAAAUUCUAUCAUCUCUGGGGCAGCUGAGGUUUUCAAUUUUGUUUCUAAGUUGAUGGUAUUCUUUUGGGUUCUGUAUUACCUCAUUACAUCAGAUUCUGGUGGGGUAACGGAGCAAGUAAUGUGUAUGCUUCCAAUCUCCAAAUCAGCAAGGAUAAGAUGUGUUGAAGUUCUUGAUAAUUCCAUUUCUGGCGUCCUUCUGGCUACAGUUGAGAUUGCACUCUUCCAAGGAUGUCUUACAUGGCUUUUGUUUAGGCUGUACAAAAUACACUUCUUAUAUAUGUCAACAGUCCUUGCAUACAUCAGUGCUCUGUUGCCUAUCUUUCCACCUUGGUUUGCAACAAUUCCAGCAGCUUUGCAACUUCUCCUAGAAGGAAGAUACAUACUUGCCAUCAGUUUGUCCAUUAUUCACAUUGUGCUUAUGGAUUAUGGAGCAUCUGAAAUUCAAGAGGAUAUUCCUGGUUACAGUACCUAUCUCACAGGGCUUAGCAUCAUAGGUGGAAUGACAUUAUUCCAAUCUGCACUAGAGGGAGCAAUCAUGGGGCCAUUAAUCUCUACAGUUGUGAUUGCUCUUAAGGACGUAUAUGCUGAAUUCGUCCUGGAUGAACCAAAGAAAAGUAAUUAGUGUGGAACGCUUCUGUCCACACGGUGUGAUCAUUCAGUUUUCCAAGAAUUUGUUCUCACUGUCAAACACUUCUGCAACCGUGUUGAGACCUGGUUUAUAUUAGCUUUGCUUGGUUCAGGCAACUUAAACAGAAAAUUUUUGAAGACGCUUGAUUUGUAAUAUGCAGAUCCAAAGUUUAUUCAACGAUAUGAUCCCUAUCCCUAGGGUGCAAAAUUUACAGGGGAUGAGGAUUAUUUAUUUUCUUGUCCUUUGAGAGCACUUUGAACGAAGAAAUUUGUACAUUUUCA